AUGGGAGGCCACGGAGGUCUCAACAUUCUCCCGCAGAAGCGAUGGAAUGUCUACAACUUCGACAACAGAGAGAAAGUCCGGAAGGACGAAGAAGCCGCCGCCAAAGAAGAGCAGCUCAAGCGCGAACAAGCCAGGAAGAGGGACACCGAGUUCCGCAUCGAGCAGCUCCGUACCGCCCGCGGCCUUGCUCCAAUCACUAAACCGCCGGAACCGGAGGAGGUCAAGGACGACGGACGACACAUCAAUCUCUUCGAAGGGAUCAGGAUUUUCGAUCCUAUCAUGAAGCCGGUGGAGAAGGAAGGGAACAGCGGGAGGGAUGGUGGUCACAAGAAGAAGAAGAUGAAGAAGGAGGAGGUUAGGGUUGUGACGGCGGAGGAUGAGAAGUAUCGAUUGGGAUAUGGCCUAGCCGGGAAAGGAGUAAAGUUGCCGUGGUACCUGGAGAAGCGGAAGGAAAAGGUGGAGGAAGAUGAAGAUUCCCCGAGCCGCAAGAAGGAUACGGAGAGGAAGAAGAGCGGGAAGAAGACGGUGGAAGAGUUGAGGGAGGAAAGGUUGAAGAGGGAGAAACGUGAGAAGGAGAGGCAGAGAGCUGUUUUGGCCGAGCAGAGUCGCAGAGAUGGAGGGUUCUCUAGGAGGUGA